AAUGGGCGCUGCAAUGUGCAACAUGGGAACCUGGGCGGCGAGAGCAGCCGCUACCUCUCUGACCUCUUCACCACACUGGUGGACCUCAAGUGGCGCUGGAACCUGCUCAUCUUCAUGCUGACCUACACAGUCGCCUGGCUUGUCAUGGCCUCAAUGUGGUGGGGCAUCGCCUACCUGCGAGGUGACCUGCACCGGGUGCAUGAUGACACCUACGAUCCGUGCGUGGCCAACGUGUACAACUUUCCUUCUGCCUUCCUCUUCUUCAUAGAGACCGAGGCCACCAUUGGCUAA